GGGGUAUUUAAUGCGACAAAAGAAAGCGCCGACGUUUUAUAAUCAAAUGAAGCUUCGAUGUGUCUGGUGUGGUGAUCGAUUGAAUUAGUGGACUGUGAUUUGUUAAAAAAUUCAACUGUUACAAAAUUUAAGAGUGAAACAAACGAAAAUGUUUUCAAAAUUAACAACAUGCAUUGGCAUAUGCGCCGCUUUCUUCGUCAUAGCACUUUUCGGCACACCUUGUGCUGCGCAUUCCACUUCGCAGACCACAGUUGUACAACACACCAAUAGCAACGAUCCCGAAUCAGAUGGCUUUUGGAAACGAAAUGUCGAAUGGAAAUCACGCUGGGUGAAAUAUUGGCGGCCGAAAGCGAUCUACGUGCCCAUUUGGAAGAAGGUCUGGACUCCGGUCGUGCAGAAUGAGUGGGUGCCACUGCCGAAGGUGCCACCGGGCUGGGAGGUGCGCAAGGAUGGCGUGAUCGACAGCACCAGCAGUGGCUGGAAAAGUAGCAGCAGCUACGUUGAUGGCACUUCGAGCUCAUCCAGCAGCAGCAGCAGCAGUAGCAGCAGUGGUCUACGCUCAGGCAAAAGCUACAGCGGUUGGCGUAGCGGUAGUACCGGUAGUUACGGUUCUGUUUAUAGCAGCAGUGGAAGUGGUGGCUGGAAGAAAGGUGUAAAACGCACGCGUGUACGUGAACUAAGUGUUGAAUAAAGAGUUCAAUAAUACAAUAUUAGAUUAAUAUGUAUAUCGUUAGUGUUAUUUAAAUAUCAAAAUUAUUUAUUUAUUUAUUUAUUUAUUUAUUUUAGUCUGUAUAUUUUGUUCCUUUAAUAUUA